CCCUUGUCUCUCAGCUGAGUGCACUAUUUUCAUUACAGCGCGUGCGCUGGAUUUACUUCCAGGCAUUCAUCCGUUGGACGUGAAAGUUUUGUUCAACAACUUUCUUUCAUGGCUUCCGAACAAUCAGCUCUCCUUUUGAAAAAGCAAUUAGCUGAUCUGAACAAAAAUCCUGUGGAAGGAUUUUCAGCAGGCUUGAUAGAAGAUGAUGAUAUGUACAAGUGGGAGGUAGUCAUAAUUGGUCCUCAGGAUACUCCAUAUGAAGGGGGAUUCUUCAAAGCUCAUCUUAUAUUUCCAAAGGAAUACCCUCAUCGGCCUCCAAAAAUGAUCUUUAAGUCAGAAAUGUGGCAUCCAAACAUUGGGCGUGAUGGAGUUGUGUGCAUUUCUAUCCUUCAUGAGCCAGGUGAUGAUAAAUAUGGCUAUGAGACGGCCUCAGAACGUUGGUUACCUGUGCAUACGGUGGAAACUAUUUUAGUCAGUGUUAUAUCCAUGAUUUCUGAUCCUAACGAUGAGUCACCAGCCAAUGUAGAUGCAGCUAAAAUGUGGCGAGAACAACCAGAAGAGUUCAAAAAACGUGUGGCACGGUGUGUCAGGAAAAGUCAAGAUGAUUUCUUAUAGAAUACAUUCAGCUUCUCAUCAGAACUAUUGACAUCCCUGUGAUCAUUUCCUAUUUCAUGAGGACUUUAUGGAGAGUUGUUGGUUUAAUAUCAUACAGAAAUUCAAAUCCAUUCUUUAUAUGCAAAACAUAAUUUUCAAACUGCAUGUUGGCAUUUUCAUAGUAUGAAAGUUCUGACACAUGUAUUUGAAUUUUCUAGAGCAUUUUACUAUUUCUAUAUUUAACAUACAUGUGCGUUGCAUUUGUGGUCUCCUAAGACUGCUUUGAAAGAAAAUAUGCAAAUCUAUUUAUAUAUUGCUGUAAAUACAUUAAAAUCAAAAAUUUCACUCUUUCAGAUUCAGUUUACCUGGCCUCAAGACCAUAAACUGAGAAUAGAAAUAAUUUUAAUUUAUACUUUAUAUAUAACACAGAUGUUUUAAAAACUGCUAAUUUAUUUUUAUUUUUUUAAAGAAUAAAUGCAAACAUUGCUGAAAUUUCAUCUCUUUUAGAAACUUAUUUCAAGAGUUAUGUGGCUCAGAAUUAGACUAAAGUCCAAAAAAUAAGAUUAAUUAAUAGUUUCUCAGGCACCACAGCAUUUGUUGAAAGGGUACUGCAUGGAUUUUUUUUUUCAAUUUAUAUUUGUUUAUUUAUGGAACUGUAGGUAACUCGUUACAUGUAUAGAUAUUUAUGUAAAUUUUGCAGAAGGUUUUAAAGGGACUGGUUCACAAUUUUUGAUAAAAAUAAUUUUCAUUUUCGAUGUUAAACAUUAAAAAUAUAAUGUAUUUAAUGUUGACAGCCAAAAUUUUGAACUUCUGAAUGCAAAAAUAAAAGCAAUAUUCUAACCUUAAAUCUGUGUUAUGUAAACAAAGACUCGAGUCUUUUUAAGUAGGCCCUAUACAAACAAACAAGUAAAAUAUUGAUUUUGUAUUAUAUACAGCAUCUUAGUUUUGCAUAGUCACAAAUUUUAACUUUUAGAUGACAUAUUUUACUCCAAAAAGAUAUGAUAAACUUAGAUCGAUAUCCAUUUCUUUUGAAAAUUUCGUAAACAAUAACAUACCGCAAUCUUUGUUUAAAAAACAAAUAAUAAACUCUCUAAAAUGAGCUUCUGUGAUAAUUUAUAACCAUAAUUUUUAUGUGAAAUCUUUUAAACACAGACAGUAGAUUUUGAUCAUUAAAAGUGAAAAAGAAAAUUUUGGGGAAAAUCGUGAAUCAGACCCUUUAAUAAAAUUCUAAGUAUCUUUUUGAUCAAAUAAUUAUUGAAUGCAUACUCAUUUAUGUGCAAGUGUUUAAGAAUAAUAUUUUUCACUUAAUAGUAAAUAAUGUGAAGCCAUUUUUUUAUUAAAAAUAAAACUCUAUAUAUAUGAGAAAGAAAAGGUAACAUGUUGCAGUCAUCAUAAAAAGGAAAUAUAACUCAUGCUACAGCCAUGCAAGAAAAAAAGAAAUACCUGCCUGCCUCAUCAAAAUUUAAAAAUGUUGGCCUGAAAAACUUUUAAUUUUUUGGGGGGUGGGGUGGGGCUAUCAAAGUCCUAAGUUUAUUCUCAGGAAAUGGUUUUGAGGCCUGUCUGUAUGAAAUAUGAUAGAUGUAAUGAAAUCAGACAGACUUUAUGUUAUGUGUGCACUUGAGUGAGUGGUCUUGCAAAUGAUAUUAGACUCGAAUGUAUACAAUUGCUUGAAAGAUGUGUUAUUACAUAUAUGUAUUUUAUUGUAUUCAUGUCAGAGUAACAUCAAGGACAAUUUAGAAAAGAUGGAAAUAUGUGUACUUUUAUUUGAAAGAAGGGUCAAAUAUAGAAGGAUAGAUACCUUAUGUAGAAGAAUAGAUACCUUAUGUAGAAGAAUGUCUUUGUGAACAUGCGAUAAUCUCUGUAGUGGUUUUUUUAUAAAUUUAAGAAGAUAGUAGUUGACAUCUUUCAAAAAUGCUAAUAAAUUUACUGGUUAAUCUAGUGUGUCUAGAUGGAAAAUUAGACAAGCAAACCUGUGAUUUCGUCUUCUGAUAGUGCUUUAUUCUGAGAAUAACUUUUUUAUUUUAUCAGCACAAGAUCCUUCAGUAUUUUAUUUGAUGUGCUAAUUAUUUCAAUCUGAUACAUGCAUUUAUUAAAACCUGUUUUUAUGUAAUAUGUAUUUAUAUAUUAAAAUUCAUAAACUAUGAUACGUGUAUUCCAAAAUACAUGUAUGGUUCUCUCUCCCCCCCCCCCCCACCCCCCACCCCCCACCCCCUCCUCUUUUUUUUUCCUUCUGUACAGUUAUCAGACAUAAGUUACUUGUUCAAUAUAUUUAUAUUUGACUUGUGUUGUUGGUUUUUUUUUUCAUUGGUAUUUAUUAGACAUCAAUACUAUGUUUGACUUUUUACUGUUAUUCUUUCUAUGAACCAGACAUGUGGUAAAAUAUUUCCUGUUUUUGCAUACAAAAGGUAAUUAAAAAACCUAUUAAAACACCAAUUCUUUUUUGAAUGCAGAUGAUAAUAAAAGUGAAUAAAUAUGUAAAUACAAUAAUUUUCUUUCAAAUUUUGUUGAAAGGUUCAUUAUUUAGACUCAGGCUGUUUAAAGAAUGUAGUGAAUUUGAAAUCUUCAUGAUUUGUGUGCCUGUAGAGUUUGAUGCUGUCAAAUGAAUGGCACAUGAUUUGGUUUGCCUGUAGAGUUUGAUGUCUGUCAAAUGAAAGGCACAUGAUUUGGUUUGCCUGUGGAGUUUGAUGUCUGUCAAAUGAAAGGCACAAGAUUUGUGUCUGUAGAGUUUGAGUCUGUCAAAUGAAAGGCACAUGAUUUGGAUGUACAUUACUUGUCAGAUAUAUUUGUCUCAGGUAAAUAAAUUCCUGUGUUGUACAAUA